CGUACGUUUCACUAUUCGUAACGUGACUCAGCAGUCGCUUUCUCAAGUCGUUCACCGAACUCAUUGACGACUAUGGUGUUGGAAUCUACGAUAAUAUGUGUUGACAACAGCGAAUUUAUGCGCAAUGGCGACUACAUUCCUACUCGUUUGGAGGCUCAACGGGACGCUGUAAACUUGAUAUGUCACGCAAAGGCGAAGCUAAAUCCAGAGAACAAUUUUGGACUUCUGACGCUGUCAGAGCACAAUGUGCUAGUAACUCUCACAACUGAUGUGGGCAAAAUCUUGUCUGCUGCACAGAUGGUAAGACCAACUGGCAAAAUCAACUUCAUUACAGGCAUUCGUGUUGCUCAAUUAGCACUCAAGCAUCGCCAGACUAAAACUCAUAAGGUUCGGCUUGUCAUAUUUGUUGGAAGUCCAAUUGGAAAUUCAGACAAAGAACUGAUAACAGUUGCCAAGAAGUUGAAGAAGGAGAAUGUUGCAGUUGAUAUUAUAAGCUUUGGUGAAGAUUCAGCAAAUGCAGAAAUGCUUUCAGCUUUUAUCAGCACAGUAAAUGGAAAAGGAGGCUCAAACAGUCAUCUUGUGACUGUGUCAAGUGGUCCUGUUUUAUCUGAUGCUCUUCUGUCAUCACCAUUAAUGGCAUCGGAAGAUGGUUCGAGCCCAGCAGCACUUGGGGGAGGUUUUGGUGUUGGUGCAAUGGGAGGACUGGAGUUUGGAAUUGAUCCCAAUGAGGACCCAGAACUGGCCCUGGCAUUACGUGUGUCACUAGAAGAACAGAGAGUAAGGCAAGAGCAGCAAAGCAAGGAGAUAGUGACUGAAUCUAAUGAAGGUGCAAGUCAAGCUGCUACUGAGGGACAAGUGGCGAUGGAAACAUCUGGUGAACCUGGUGAUAAUCUUGAACAAGCACUUGCCACAGCAGUGACAGAUGACUCAGUGAUCAGUCAUGAGCCGAUGAUCUCAGAAAGUGGUCUCAGCCAACUGGUGUUAGAUCCAGUAGCAGUGGCUGAUUGUGCAGAUCCUAAUGAUGAGUACGAACUAGGAGAAGACGACCAGCUGGCAGCUGCUAUUGAGCUGUCUAUGCAAGCUUUGGUCAAUGCUGAUACUGAAAGAAGUGAGCACGAGGCUAUGGAGUUGUCAACUGAAGAGCUUGUGGAUCAAGGUGUAGGUUCAUCUUCCCAGAAAGCAGGUGUUGGUCGGAAAGUGGAUCUUAAUGUUUUAUUUGACCAUGAAGUAGCCGGAGGUGAAUUAGGAGGCCAAUUAGGAACUAGAAAGCCCCAGGCUAAGGGAAAAAAAGCAGAUGACGAAAGUGAGGACCUCACCGAACUUAUGGAUGAUCCUGACUUUUUACAUUCAGUAUUGAGUGGUCUGCCUGGUGUUGAUCCUUCAAGUGAGGCAGUACAGAGUGUCAUACAGACUACAAGGCAGCAGAAGGAGGAGAAAGAAAGAAAAAAGAAUGAUCAAUAAACUAGACAGCAAUGAAGUCAAAUAGUGUUAACAACAGAAUCUGUGCAACAGUUUGCUUUGUUGUGACAAUCUAAUAAUAUACUGAAAAAUUUCUUAGAGCAUGUAUCAGAGCUUCUUUCUUGCAACUCAAGCUCUGAACUCUCUAGUGAUGUACUAGAAAAUUUUUGGUAAUGCAAAAUUACCAUGAGCAAAUACCAUGCAGUGUGUUACAUGUACACUGAC